AUGUUCAGGAACACCAACGAGUUGAAUGACCACCCAAUAAAUCACCUGUAUCAAACAGAACGUACCCCCCGCGUCCCUGGCAGGAUAUGCUGUGGAUGUCACAGGUUAUUUGCCUCAGUUUCCAUUCCUGACCUGUGCUCGAACUGCGGUCAUACAACAUGCGAAGCGUGUCUGGAGAUUGAAUUUGUGUCCCGUGGUCACAACUUGAUUUCUCAUCAAAACACAAAUGAAGCGCCUAGUAACCUACUCGGAAAAGUCCAGUCUGCUCACUUGGAGCCGAAUCAGGCUCGGGACGUGAAUGGACAUAAUUGGCAAGAAUUGCGAGAACAGAUGCAACAUGAACGGGAUCAUGAACAGGGAAACCAAGUGGAGCCACAUCAAGAACAUCCUAAAGAGCAGCAUUUGCCAUCAAUUUCAGGGAGAAAAAAACGCAAGCUGAAUAUGACCAAGUGCCAAAGGUGCCGGGAUGACAAAAAGGCUUGUAUUCGGCAAGAUUCGGAAAAAUGCAACCGCUGUACUGAAAAGGGGCUUCUUUGCUCAGAAGGAACCCGUGUGAUACGCCCUAGGAAGCUUCCAUCGAAGUCUUUACUACCAACUCACGACGAAAUUCCCCCGCCAAUCGAUUCAGAUGCCUUGAAAAUCAGCUUUGACCAAAUUGUAAUUCUCGUAAGCUACUACCAAAUGAUGGUCAUGGCUAGAACAAGGCUUAACGACCUUUUCAAAAACAUGGGCUCGUUCUUUGCAGGCUUUCAUUUUCGCGGUAACGAAAAUCCGGCUUCAGAAUUUAGAAUUUUUGUCAAUGCCAUCUACUAUCAAGCAAUUCUCCCAUGCUUGGCAAAACUCUUGACUGAGAAACAGUCCCCGGAAACCCUUCCGACACGUUCUUCGCUUAUCAGUCUAAUCAUCGCUGUAUUUCCCAACUCUCUGACUGAUACUUGCCCUCUUUGCGGGGAAAGCAAUGACGAGAUACCGAUUGAUGGGCUUAGAGAUUCUAUGGACUCAUGCAGAAAUUUUCUGUUCAAGGAACACCUGCUCAAGUACCAUGGCGAUCAGCUCGGUGAGGACAAACUGGAAGAAGAAAUACAAAUCUAUACCACUUUGUCAACUGAAGUACCACAGAAAAUCGGAGUGGCGCUUGAAUCUUUGGGCCUUUCCAAACUUGCCGAGCAGAGUAGAUUUUUCGGACUUUUCCAUGAUGACUCAUUGAGUUGGGAGAAUUGGACGACACCGAAAUCGUAUAUAGGAUAUUUUGACUGCUUGGGAAGGACAGUCUUGCAUCGUACACUUGAUGGCGCUUUUGAAGACAAUCAAGAACUUUUAUUUGUUGUGGAACAGGAUGAACGCUUUUGGAACGAUAUCGCCCUAUGUAAUAGUCGAGACAUACUUGGGAGAACACCACUGCACAUAUUGUGCCAGUUCAGUGAGUUUAGUUUGUUGAUCGAAUUAAUUCAAAAGGUGUUGAAAGCAGGCGCGAGCUCAGGAAUCUCAACGGCUUAUGGGACUAUUCCGUUGCAUCACGCUGCUGCGAACGGAUCUGCUCAAAUAUGCAAAUUGUUGAUAGAACAUGGAGGCAAAUCCUAUAUGGAGGCUAGAGAUUUUUCCAAGAGAACCGCACUCGACUAUGCGGUGAUCGGGGAACGUCAGAAAACAGUGGAUCUGUUAACAGACCUUUAUAUUAAGGCUGGGUUGGAGGAAGAGGUGGCGAAAGCACACAGAAUCGCAGCAGCAGUGAAGGAAGGAACUUACAAUCUGUGGAAAGUCUACGUCUAA